AUGAUAGAAAAGAAAGAUGUUAAAUGUAUUAAAAAGACACAUUGUGGAAUAUUUUAUGAUAAUUUUAUUGUUUAUAUUAAAAACAAAUUUGUUAAAACAAAUUUACAAGAACUAAGAAUAAUGAAUAAGCCUAUUAUUAUAAAAUAUGAAGAAGAAAAAUUAAUACAGUACGAAUAUUAUAAAAGAAUUGGAUUAAGACACCCAUUUUUAGUAAAUAUUUUAUUUGGAUUUCAAGAUUAUGAUAAUUUAUAUUUAUUUUCUGAUUUUGCAAAUACGAAUUUUAUAGAUUUUUUAAGAUUACGAAACGUUUUUACCAAAAAAGCAGCAAAAUUUUACAUUUGUGAAAUUAUUUUAGCUGUAGAAUAUUUACAUAGUAAAAGACUUACCUAUGGGUUUUUUAUUUUUAAAAAUAUUUUUGUAAAUGAUGCAGGACAUAUAAAAAUGAAAUACGAUUUUUUAAAUGCCAUUUUAGAAAAACGCGGAGGUGUUCGUGAUUUUAUAGAAUAUACAGCGCCUGAAUAUAUUUUAACGGGUAUAAUAACACAAUCUACAGAUAUUUGGCAAAUAGGAAUAAUAUUGUACCAUAUGUUAAUUGGAAAUACACCAUUUGAAAAUGAUUCUUAUGAUACAAUUAAACAAGGAAUUUUAACAGAUGAUAUAAUAUUUCCUGAUUUUAUAGAUAGUCAUGCGAAGGAUCUUAUUUGUAAAUUAUUAGAAAAAGAUCCAAGUAAGCGUAUUAAUUUUAUGCAAAUUAAAAGUCACGAAUUUUUCAAAAAUGUAAACUGGGAUGCAGUGUACAAUAAAGAGUUAGAACCACCUUUCUUUUUUAAAGAAGUAGAUAAAUAUAAAAAUGCAUCCCCUGCAGACUUAGAUAAAAUAUAUACAUCUGAUUAUUAUAAAAAUCAGACUAAAGAUGGAUAUGGUAAAGUGUUUAGAUAUUUUGGCACAGUAGAUGUAGAAGAUCCAUAUGUAAAAUAA